AGAGAAACAGGAUGCUUGAAGACCAGACAAAGUUUGGUCGGUCGACGUUUGAGCUGUACGGUAUGCAACGCCUUCAGAAGCUGGAAGUGUUCGUCUGUCAGGAGCGGCUCAAGCUACUGGGUGCCAUCAAAAUCACCCGAGAGCUGCAGCACGGCAAGAUCACCAAAAUGCUGGAACAGCAAGCAUUGCGUGGUCAGUGCACGCUGGACGAGAUGGAAGAAGAAGUGUAUCGCUCCCAGCUGGGCAUAUUUGAUGUAAGCUUGGAGAUGCUCAAGGAGGAGGAGGACAUACUACGAAGACAGAAGGACAUCCUUGACCGUGCUUGGCAAGAGGAGCUGGAUGAGGGCAUCUUUUAUGAUGCGGUGGAGGAACGAGAUCAGCUUGAGGACGAACUUGAGAUGGAAAGCAGCGGCCCCAUGUCGAGGCGAGACCGACUCAAGCUUCGACUUAACAGGCUCUACAGGAAGCGAGCCAUCCUCAGAAACAAGCGGAAAGCCUGCGUUGCUGAACACCAAAAGAAGGCGAAGAGAAAGGAAGAAAAGAAGAAUCGCAUUAAGCAGCAUCACGCUGUCCAUAUAAGACGAGAAGAGAUACGCAAGGAGUUGGAGAUGAACCAUGAACGCAUUGAUAGUGAGCGCAGGAAGACGCUGGAAAGGCUCAGAGAAUACAAAAAGAAAUACCAGAAUGGCAAAAGAGGCGGCGAUGGCACUAUGCUGGAGCCCAACGAGGAAGGGGUGUCGAGGUCGCCAUCUCCGAGGAGCCCGAGACCCAGUUCGAGGCUCCAGAAUGGCACUGCGGCAGACAAAAGGAAAGCAUUCAGAAUAUCCUCGGAGAACACCAAGGAGAAGAAGGACGAGCUCUCUUUGCCUGUCGCGCCUCCACCACCCCCGCCACCACCUGCGGUGCAGCUCCCACCACCCCCGCCACCUCCGCCUCCUCCCCCACCGCCUCCACCACCUCCACUGAUGCCAGCAUUAACGCCGGCUGCCCUAAAUCAGAUUCCACUGACAGCACUCAAGAAGCCUGGACCAAAGCAAGAUCUGCCAAAGCCUAACCAAGCAGAAUCUAGCAAGACUAUCAACCUAGCAGAAAUCCUUGCUGCUCGGGGCAAACUCAAGAAAGCGGCUACUUCCUCUGACGACGACAAAAAUAGAAAUUCAGCCACUGGAGGUCAAUCCAAGGACUUCGGUGCAGUUCUUAAAGCAGCCCUAACGAAAAUUAACAUGGCUGCGCACGGACCUGACAACUCUGACCAUGAGAGCGAAAACAGUGAUUUUGAAUAGUGACACCCUGUAAAAACCUAAAAUGCUGACGUUCGUGCUCCCAAUUUCCGUCCCUGACCAGCGUUGAAUGCGUUGCAAUGCAAAUAAUGUGCUGCUUUCGUAUUUGUGAAAGCUUUCGUGGUGCAGUGUACAUAAGAAGUCUGGAGUAGUUAAAACACUGCUGUCCUCAUUUUGAAUGCUCAGUGCAUUAUAUCGUCUGCAGCAUUUUGCUUCAUUAGAUGGAGUUACGCGCUGCAUGAGUGUACUUGUGAUAUGUGCUUCACAAAGGUUCCCCACUCUUAAAUUUCUGCAUGAAAUGUGCGAAGCUGUCUGUGAAGAUCUUUUUUUU